AUGGUUUGUGAUACUGUGGUUUAUCAUCCUUCUAUUACAAGAUUGAUUAAUUAUCUUGAUAGCACUGGUGGUAGAGAAAAGAUUUUAAGGUUGUUGCAAUAUUUGGCAAGAUUUUUAGCUGUUCAACAAUCGUCAAAGUUAGCAAAAUCUUUACAAUCUCAGUUUACUUUAGUUAGAAAGUUCUUAAGAUUUUUGAAGCCAUUAAACCAUUUACAAGCUGCUUCAAAACUUUACGAUAAUAAAUUGAAUAGUGAUUUAAUUAUACGAUAUGCAAAUAUAAUUAAGAACCUGGCAAUGGGUGGAUAUUUGUUCUUGGAUCAAAUUAAUUUAUUAAGAAUUUUAAAAGUUAUCGAUUCCAAUAACUUCACCGGUACAGUUGUGCCAAGAUGGACUAAUUGGUUCUGGUUCUUUGGUUUAGUUGCAAGCCAAGUUGUCAAUAUAAGAACUAUUAGAAAAUCUCAAUGCAAAAUCGUAGCUUUAUUACGUGAAAAGGAAUUAGAAAUGAUGUCGAAUAAUGAAAAUGAAAUUGAUAAGGAGAAGCUAAUUGAAGAUGACAAGUCAUUAAAAGCUGCUUAUAUGCAAAGAUACUCCUCAACAAGAAAGUUGAUUUGGGAUUCCUUGGAUUCAUUCAUUGUCUUGAACAAUUUGAACUAUUUGAGUAAUGAAGAUGGUUACAUUGCUCUAUCAGGUGUUGCUACUUCUUUGUUAGGUAUUCAAGACUUAUGGAGAGGCACUAAAAUCUAA